AUGCUUCGCACUGCAGCGUCAAACGCCAUGCGCCUCGGCGCUUCGCGCGCCACUCGCGCCCUGUCGACGAAGAAUGCCGAUCUCUUGCCCCCGCUCAAGGUUGCCGUAACGGGCGCCGCGGGGCAGAUUGGAUAUGCCCUGGUUAUGCGCAUCGCGAGUGGGGAGAUGUUGGGGAAGGACCAGCUGAUCGAUCUCAACCUCAUCGAAACCGAAGCAGGAAUGUCUCCUCUACGCGGCGUCAUGAUGGAGUUGGAAGACGGCGCAUUCCCGCUAUUGUCCAGUGUUACCGCCACGUCUGACCUCAACAAAGGUUUCGGGGACAUCAACUACGCUAUGUUAGUCGGAGCUUCCCCUCGUGGCCCCGGCAUGGAGCGAUCCGAUCUCAUGGCCGCUAAUGCCAAAAUUUUUGCCGAGCAGGGUAAAGCCCUCAACACGUCUGCCGCUGUCAACGCCAAAGUGCUCGUUGUGGGCAACCCCGCCAACACCAAUGCUUUGGUCGCCUCAGAGAACGCCCCGGAUAUGUGGGAAGAGCAGUUCAUCGCCAUGACUCGUCUCGAUCAAUCACGCGCACAAGCCUUGCUCGCGGAGAAGGCAGGAGCCGACGUCAAGGACGUCGACCGCGUCAUCAUUUGGGGCAACCAUUCGGCUUCGCAGUACCCAGAUUUAUCACAUGCUCGCAUCGGGGGUAAGUGGGCUAAGUCCAUAGUGAAGGACGACAAGUGGAUCAAGGACGAAUUUAUUCCACGCGUACAGAAGCGUGGCGCAGAGGUAAUUAGCGCAAGGGGUGCUUCCUCAGCUGCGUCUGCUGCAUCUGCCGCGUUGGAUACGGUGCGCGACUUGCACCUCGGCUCAGGUGACGCGUGGCAGUCGAACGCUGUUGUCUCAGAUGGUGGCUACGGCAUUCACAAAGGGUUGUGGUAUUCUGUGCCAACGAUUUGCAAGGGUGACUCACACUUCAGACGCGUUCAACGACUCCCUAUCGAUGACUUUUCCGCAAAGAUGAUGACUGCCACCGAGAAGGAGUUGAUUGAGGAAAGAGAUGCCGUUCGUCACCUACUUCCUGGGCACGAGUCCAAGCCGGUGUCUUGGAAUGUCCUUGAAUCGCUGCAGACAUCGUUUGAGGAAGGUGACAUGAAAGCAGUAGAUGAAAUUGCGAAGGAGUUGCCUGCGCAAUUCAAAAAGGGCGUCAAGACGGCGAAGGCUGCGGCAUGA